AUGGUUAACUUUACUGUGGAUCAAAUCAGAGAGAUUAUGAAUAAACAAUAAAACAUCAGAAACAUAUCAGUCAUCGCUCAUGUUGAUCACGGAAAGUCAACCCUAACAGAUUCUCUACUCUGUAAAGCUGGAAUCUUGUCAGCAAAGGAAAGUGGAGACAAAAGAAUGACUGACACAAGAGAAGACGAACAGUUAAGAGGAAUUACAAUAAAGUCUACAGGUGUGUCUUUAUAUUAUGAAUAUGAUAUUAACUACAACAACGUAAAGGAAUAGUUUUUGAUAAAUUUAAUUGAUUCUCCAGGACAUGUAGACUUUAGUUCAGAAGUUACAGCUGCUCUUAGAGUUACCGAUGGAGCCUUAGUUGUUGUAGAUUGUGUUGAAGGAGUUUGUGUAUAGACAGAAACAGUAUUGAGACAAGCUAUGUAAGAGAAAAUAAAACCAGUUGUGAUGAUCAAUAAGAUUGAUAGAGCAAUACUGGAAUUAAAACAUGAUGGUGAAACCAUGUAUCAAAACUUUGUUAAAGUUAUUGAUAAUGUGAAUGUGAUAAUUUCAACCUAUCAAUAAGAAGACAUGGGAGAACUAUAAGUACAACCAGAACUUGGAUCAGUAUCCUUUGGAUCAGGUAAGGAAUGCUGGGCAUUUUCAUGUACAAAAUUCGCCAUGAUCUAUGCUGCUAAAUUCAAGGUUGAACCAAAGAAACUAUAAGAAAGAUUAUGGGGUGAUAAUUAUUUUGAUGAUGAGACUAAAUGUUGGAGAAAAGAGAGUGAAGGAUCUUCAGGAAAAUAAUUAAAGAGAGCUUUUGUUGCUUUCAUUAUGGAUCCUAUAUGUAAAUUGGCCAAUGCAGUCAUGGAAGGUAAUUUAGAAAUGGCUAAUAAGAUGUUCAAUGUCUUAGGGUUGAAACUUACAUAAGAGGAAUAGAAAUUAGUUGGUAAACAUCUUUUAAAAACUGUUAUGUCUAAGUGGAUUAAUGCUGCUGACACUUUGAUUGAGAUGAUUAUUACUCAUUUACCUUCACCUAGAGAAGCAUAGAAAUAUAGAACAGCUUAUUUGUAUGAAGGUCCUUAAGAUGAUGCUAUAGCCUAAUCAAUGAGAGAAUGUAAUCCUAAGGGACCUUUGAUUAUGUAUGUAUCAAAGAUGGUACCAACCUCAGAUAGAAGUAGAUUCUUUGCUUUUGGUCGAGUGUUUUCAGGUACUAUAGGAACAGGACAAAAGGUUAGAAUUAUGGGUCCAAAUUAUAAGCCUGGAAAGAAAGAAGACUUAUUUGAAAAGACUGUUUAAAGAACAGUAUUGAUGAUGGCAAGUAAAGUAGAAUACAUGCCUGAUGUUCCUUGUGGUAAUACUGUAGGUUUAGUUGGUGUGGAUGAUGUUAUAUUAAAGACAGGUACCAUCUCAGAUCAUCCAGAAUGUCAUUUGAUCAGAUCUAUGAAAUAUUCAGUUUCACCUGUGGUUAGAGUAGCAGUCAAACCUAAGAAUCCAGGAGAACUACCAAAAUUAGUUGAGGGAUUAAAGAGAUUAGCCAAAUCAGAUCCUUUAGUACUUUGUACAACAGAGGAAUCAGGAUAACAUAUAGUAGCAGGAUGUGGAGAAUUGCAUGUAGAAAUAUGUUUGAAUGAUUUAGAGAAAGAUUUUGCUAAUAUUGAAAUAAUUAGAUCAGAUCCAGUUGUAUCUUAUAAGGAGACUGUUUCAGCAACAUCUAAAAUUGUAUGCAUGGCUAAAUCACCUAAUGGUCAUAAUAGAAUUUAUGCUUAAGCUGAACCACUUCAUGAAGGUCUUUAAAAUGCAAUCGAAAAAGGUGAAGUAAAAGCAAAAGAUGAUAUUAAAGGAAGAGCUAAAAUAUUAUCAGAAUAAUUUGAUUGGGAUAAAGAUGAGGCUCUUAAAAUAUGGACUUUUGGUCCUGACAAUGCAGGUCCAAAUAUUGUGAUGGAAAAAACAUCAGGUGUUUAAUAUAUGAAUGAAAUAAGAGAAUCAAUGGAAUCUGCUUGGUAAUGGUCAACAAAAGAAGGUCCUCUUUGUGAAGAGAAUCAAAGGGGAGUUAGAGUGAAUGUCUUAGAUUGUGUAUUACAUGCUGAUGCCAUUCAUAGAGGAGGUGGAUAAAUUAUACCCACAGCCAGAAGAUUGUAUUAUGCUUGUGAAUUGACAGCAUAACCUAGACUAUAAGAACCUGUCUUUCUAGCUGAAAUUAAUGUUCCUGUUGAUUCAAGUGGAGGUGUUUAUAAUUGUUUGAAUACAAGAAGAGGAGUUAUUAUUGAAGAAGAACAAGUUGCAGGAACACCAUUAUCAUUAGUAAUUAUAUCAAUUAAAUAUUUUUAGAUUAGAGCAUAUUUGCCUGUUGCUGAAUCUUUUGGAUUCACAGCACAUCUUAGAGGUCUUACUUAAGGUUAAGCUUUCCCUUAAUGUGUGUUUGAUCAUUGGGCUGUACUCAAUAGUGAUCCUUUGGAAGUUGGUUCUAAGGUUAAUGAGUUGAUAUUGAGUAUAAGAAAGAGAAAGGGAAUUAGGGUUUAGCUACCAGAUCUAAACGAAUAUUUAGACAAAUUAUGA